AUGUUGUUUCUCACCCUACUAUUGACCACUCUUCUUUUCGGCAUAUGCCAUGGAUCUCCAACCAUGAAACGCGCCACACUGAAGGAGGUCACCGAUUCUGGGGAUAAUCCAGCGGCAAUCAAAAUGUAUAUCUAUGUCCCCUACAGCGUACCUACAUCACCCGGAAUAGUUGCCUCCCUGCAUGGUGCUUCUGGGAAUACUCAGCAACAUUUCAUUGCCGUCUAUCCCGAGUGUCCUCAGGGGGCUUGGGAUGCAACAUUGGCAGAGUCUAUUGUACACGAAGGCGGAGGCACCAGCCAUCAUUAUUGCAUGAUACCAGUAUUAUCGAAUACGAUGGCGGGGGCGUAUCCAGAUGUCUUCAGCGGGGCGAUUUUAUAUUCUGCUGGAUCCUCGAAAAGCAUUCGAAACAUGUACCCAAGUUAUUCGGGAAGCUAUCCAAAAAUACAGCUCUAUCUGGGGUCUAAAGAUACGAUUAUCGGAUCAGCUGCCUUUAACACGACACUUAACACUUGGGCUUCAGUGCACCGGUAUAAUACCUCUCCUGAUGAGUUACUGGCCAACACUCCCAUGCCGGGCUGGACAACAUACGCUCUGGGAAGCAAACUAGAAGGGAUCUGGGCGGAAGGGGUUGGACAUCCCGUUCCAACUCAGGGUGACGAGGAUAUGAAAUGGUGGGGUUUUGCAUAGUGGUGUUGUAUGAGAUUCACCUACAUCUGUCAUUUACGAGGAGCUUCUGUGAUGGC